AACCGUUUGGUAGGCCUACAAAAGAAAAUAGUUACAAACCGCCUUAAAAAACCCCAUAAUUGGGCCAAAUGCGGUUUUAAUGAAGUAUUUUAAUUAUAGUAUCCUGGCUCACAUAGUAGCGGCAAAGACCCCGCAUUCCUAAGGCGACGACGUGAAAAUCACACAAUUUUUGCGGCAAAGCGACGUCAAAUUUCAAAAGGGGAAAACUAAGAUUCGCCGACGGUUUGGAAACGACCUUCCAGCGACAACACGACGGCAAGGGACGAAUGGCUGCGGCAGAGAACGUUUCUAGCCAGCACUCGAAUGGAGAAGCUACAUACUUUCUUACUUGUGAUGAUGGUUCAAAUGAGGAUGAGCCCACUCACCAAGAAUCACCAGAUGAGGAGUCCAAUCAAGAAGGAUCACAACAAAUACAUCAUAAGUAUUUAUACAUGCCACUAAGGAGCGCCAAUAAGACCAAAAAGGCUGAGAAGUCCUCUAGGAGGAAGAAGAAUGAUUGGUCCAUCCAAGAUUCCGCUGCUGAACUAGACCUGAUAGAGUGGUACAAAGACAAUACAUACCUGUGGCUCAUCACAGACCAAGCUCAACGCGGCAGGAAGACCAAAGCCCUGGAGGACAAGGCCAUGGAGUUGGGGCUCACUGCUGAACAUAUAAAUGCAUGGUGGAAAAGCAAUCGUGAUAACUACACCAAACUGAGCAAGAAAAAAAGUGGUGUAAAGCUGACUGACCUGACGUAUAAACAGAGAUGGAUCCUCCAGAAAUUUGCGUUCCUCAACCGGCGACCGAAAAUGAUUGCUGCCCUCGCACAGCAACACCCUGGUGAUCUUCAAGCUGUUGAAUCGGCCACUGCUGAGGAGGGCCAUUCUCAGCUCACUGCUUCCUCAUCCAGGCGUAAUGCCAAGUCCAGAUCGGAGGAGGCUGACUUCAAAGAAGAACUUUUCAGGCGUCUGGAAGAGAGCCCAGGAAUUACUGCGGGCAAGAUGAAAUCAGCAUCUACUUUUGAAGAUGACUAUCUGACUCAAUGGGGAAGAACUGUGGUCGCUUCAAUGAGGAGGAUGUCAAAGAGGAGGCGGAGAGCUUGCCGAAGGGAUGUAGAUAAUCUUCUCCAUAAAUACAGCCCCACCUCCUCUGAGGAUGAUACUUAUUCUCCACCGAGGAAGACUGUGCCGCCACUUGAGACUGCCUCCCCCUGUACCUUCGUGUCUGAGAUGGGUAUGGGCACGUCUUUGUCUUGAAUGGCCUUUACUUGUUCUCCUUCUGAGAAGAAACCUUUGUAAUUGUAGUAAAGACUUCGGCUUCCUUGAGGCUUCUUGACGGCAAAAUGCUUUUGGGGAAGUUUCAUUUCCACAAAGUCGACGGCUCUGGGACACCACUGAUAGGCCUGUGUGUGGAGUCAUCACUUGAGCAGCAUAUUCAUCUCAUUAGAUGGCCUGGCAGACUUCUCAGACAACAACGGAGAGGUUGUUGUCAGUAACUUGUCAUGCAAUAUUGAAUAUCCUUAUACUUGGCUCCGGACGCCAGGUGUCUCAGAGUGGAGGACAGCUUGAGACAUGGCAGUAGUGGCUCAUUGUACUGCAAUGAAUGCGGUGUUCAACACGUGCUAGGAUUUCAUCAGACAUCUCUGUAAAUUUCUUGAAAGCUGCCCGGUCUUCAUUGCAGAGUUCGACAAGGGCCCUCUUGUUCUCUAGACUCUUCUCGAUAUUGAUGGUCCGGACAUCCUUGCUGAUCUUCAAAGGCUAUGGCCAAGGCAUACUGCAGCCUGUAGCUCCGUCCUCCAUGACGAUGAAACCACUUUGACAAAGAAACAUUUUCUUUAAAUAUAAACUUCAUCAUUGCAUCGUGCUGGACAGUCUAUUGAAAUCAAACUGACGUCACGAAACAUGACAAAUCGCACUUAAGGUUUAAAAUCAGGGACCAUCAUUGCAAAAUUGUAACCCAUUGCAGACCACUUACAAAAAGCCAAUUUUUUUUCAAAUCGGGGCAGUAACAUUUUCAAGAAAACACCAACAAAGAUGAAAUAUUUUGUGCAAGUUUUG